GGCCCCGCUAUCUUGAUAUUCAAUAAUGCAAGGUUCAAGGAAUCCGAUUUUGAAUCGCUUAUGCAAAUCUGCGUUGGUGGAAAACAAGAUGACGAUAAAAAGAUUGGGAAACAUGGAUUAGGUUUUAAUUCAUGCUAUCAUUUUACCGAUGUUCCGGAUUUCAUUAGCGGAGAUUUUAUUGCGUUUUUGGAUCCUCAAGAGAAAUACUUAAACAAACGUGGUACUAUUGGUUCUCUUCCAAGGAAUGGUAUAUCAGAAUUCACUGAACAAGAUCAAUUGGUUCAUCGAUUUUCGUUCGAGACACACUUUCGAAUACCACUUCUGAAAGAAAAAAAGUGA